ACACUCCCACUCCUGUCCGCUUCCCUGCGGCCGCGCAGGCACCGCGGGCGAGAGCGCCGAGGGGACCCACGGCCUUUCCCAUGGCUGACCUGAGCUUCAUCGAAGAUUCCGUCGCCUUCCCGGAGAAGGAGGAGGAUGAAGAGGAAGAGGAGGAGGGGGUGGAGUGGGGCUACGAAGAAGGUGUUGAGUGGGGCUUGGUGUUUCCUGAUGCUAAUGGGGAAUACCAGUCUCCCAUUAACUUAAACUCAAGAGAAGCUAGAUAUGACCCCUCACUGCUGGAUGUCCGCCUCUCCCCAAAUUAUGUGGUCUGCCGAGACUGCGAAGUCACCAAUGACGGACAUACCAUUCAGGUUAUCCUGAAGUCAAAAUCAGUUCUGUCAGGAGGUCCAUUGCCUCAAGGGCAUGAAUUUGAACUGUAUGAAGUUAGAUUUCAUUGGGGGAGAGAAAACCAGCGUGGUUCUGAGCACACAGUUAAUUUCAAAGCUUUUCCCAUGGAGCUCCAUCUGAUCCACUGGAACUCCACCCUGUUUGGCAGUAUUGAUGAGGCCGUGGGGAAGCCACAUGGCAUUGCCAUCAUUGCUUUGUUUGUUCAGAUAGGAAAAGAGCACGUAGGCUUGAAGGCUGUGACUGAAAUCCUCCAGGAUAUCCAGUACAAGGGGAAGUCCAAAACAAUACCCUGCUUCAAUCCUAACACUUUAUUACCAGAUCCUUUGCUGCGGGAUUAUUGGGUGUAUGAAGGCUCUCUUACCAUUCCACCUUGCAGCGAAGGUGUUACCUGGAUAUUAUUCCGAUACCCUUUAACUAUAUCUCAGCUGCAGAUUGAAGAAUUUCGCAGGCUGAGGACACAUGUGAAGGGGGCAGAGCUCGUGGAAGGCUGUGAUGGGGUUUUGGGAGACAAUUUUAGACCCACUCAGCCACUUAGUGACAGAGUCAUUAGAGCCGCAUUUCAGUAGCCAGAGAGAAUGGGAACAAGACGGCCUUCAUCUGGGAGGAAGACAAUGAUCCUAUAGUGCCCUUCGAUGAGAAACGGAAACUUUUGAGCUGCAGCUACAGUUUAUCCUCAAAGCCUGCAUUGUUUGUCUUCAUCCAACCCAGCUUUGAUGGACAUCUGUGACAGUUGCCUCUACACAUGCUCUAAUGAAAUACUAGAAAUGGCUGUGCCUUCAAAAGAAACCCAAUAUUCUAUAUCCACACCACUGCUGCUAGGAUUCAGAUUUUUGCACAUACUGUUUAUUGCUUAUGUGUAGAAGAAAUGAAACUAGUUUUCAGAGUUGUUAUUAAUAUGAAUAUAUAUCAUGUAUUAAUACUGAGACAGGAAAAAUACACUCCCAGUGUUAGCGAUCCUUCAUUUCCUGUCUCCGAGAGAAAAUUCACUCAUUCAGAGAAUAACGUAAUUCUUGAUAAUAAAUAAGAGUUUUGAUCAGGAACAGCAUAUGCUUGAAAAUGGAAUGUGAAGGAUUAGUAAAAGUCAUAUCUCAUGUUGUUUUUCAGCCCUCAUGCCACAAUUAAUGUCAGGCUGGUUAUUAUGCAAAACAAUUUGGGAGUUAAUGCAAGAACAAAAUCACUUUAUAUAUUUCUCAAAGGAUCAAAUUGAAUGUAUGAAUCUAAUUGUAUUUAUUUGACAUAUUAGAAGCUCUGGUUUCCAGGAGUUUGAGAAAGGCAUAAAAAGGAUAAAAAGUAAGUGGGUACAACAUACCAGAAAAUAGCUUUAUUUUCCAUGAUAGAAACAUAAAUUUAAUAGUAUCCUAUAAUAACUUAGUGUUGUACAUUUUGUAAGACCUUAAAAUAUUUUAUUCUAUGGACUUUAGUAUGUUGAGACAUUGCUUUCCAAGAUAAUCAACAAUAUCUUUAUUUUAAUUAAAUUUUAAGUGCUACUGGCAAAUGUAAGCAUAUGCUUAGAAGCAGUUAGAUGUGACGGAAUGAGAUAAUUUAUGUAAAGCAGUAGAGUGCCUGGCACAAAGCAAGUACUUAAUAAAUGUUAUUUGUUGUUAUAAUUAUUGUAAAACCAAAGACUUCAUAGUCCUAAUUUGGAGGGAUUUGGGGAUGCACAAUGUCCAAGUUAGAAAUCAUACAGGUGCAAGAAGUAUGUGUU